AUGUCAUCCAGGAGAUUAUCGACACUAUGGGCGCGUGAGAUUUGCGGGUCACAGAACAUCUGCCUUGCCAGAUCUGCUAGUCGCAGCCCGAUACCACUGGUACCCGCCUCCUGCGCGUCUGGAGAACAGCCAGUGAUAUCGAUCACCACUCGAUCGUAUUCACAAAGCAAGGUCUCCGACUUGGCAAAGAAUUUUUCGCGGAGACCCGGAAAUGCCGCUGAGACUUAUGUCGCGUAUGGCAUGACACAAAAGCUAUUUGAGGCCUGUUCUAGUCAAGCGGAUUACAAGAUCCCCCAAGCGUCGCAAAAGGGAGCAGAGGUCCCGAAAACAGAAGCCGGUGAGGAUCUUGGUGUUGGAGAGGACAAGCUAAUUUCGGGAAUCGCUAUAGAGCUCGGCCUCUUACCAACCUUUUCUACCUGGUCCCAGGUGACUUUCCUCCACAUGUACCUCUUGACAGUUCGCCUUCGUGCCCUGCCCCAUCGCGAUAGCGUUACUACUUACUCUCGCCAUUUGAUCGAUCACUUUUCACAUGAAGCAGAACACCGCAUGGACACGUAUCAUGAUCUGGGUAGUCGCACCAUUCGUAACAAGUACCUGAAGGAUCUGUUCAUCCAAUGGCGUGGAAUCAUUGCUGCAUAUGAUGAGGGGUUGGCCAAAGGCGAUGCGGUGCUGGGCGCCGCUGUCUGGAGAAACCUCUGGAAGGGAAGUCAGACCGGACCGGAUGGGAAAGAAGAUAUUGAUUGGGCCAAGGUUGCCCAGGUGGUGGCCUACAUGCGCCGAGUCUUGUCGGAGCUGUCAAAGAAGGACGAAGUGGAUCUUGUUUUCGCUCUUGGACCUGGUGAUCAGAAGAGCACUGCGAUUUUCGAAUAUUCGGAGGCAGACAAGAAAUUUGUUCAAGGAAGCAAAUGA